UAUGCGGAUGUUGUUUUAUUUACAUUCAAUACAAAUCCUUCAAUAGUGUUGACUAACAAUUAUGAGCAAAUUACUUGCAAAUUAUGUCGUAGUUUAAAGCAUAAUCAUAAUAAUAACAUUGUAUUAUUUUUGUACCAUAGUUUUGUAGAAUAUUUAUAUAAACUAGUGCUAAAGUUGAUAAGUAAUCUGUCGUGCAUAGACGGUUAACAGUUUGGAGUCACAAGAGUAGAAUUUGCUGGUGCAAUAUGGCUAAAGUUACUUACAUACUUCUCUUCCUAGUAGCUGUGAGCCUAAGUAGUGUUCAAACAGAUGAAAGUGAAAAUAGCUCUGAGGUUGAUGCAGAUGUGGAUAAGGUCAUAGAUGAAUGUGCCAAGGAAUAUCAUGUACCACAUCAACUACUCAUGGCAGCUGUGACGACGGGCAGUGUUCAUGCACUUACCCCAUGUUUUUGGAGUUGCUGUUUCAAAGGAGUUGGAGUCCUGAAUAGUGAAGGUCAAUACGACAUCGAUGCUACAUUGGACUUGUCUAAGAAAAUGUUUAGUGGUUCGGAGUAUCAGAAAGUUGAAGGAAUCGUAAAAACUUGUGGAUCAGUGAACGAUUUAUCAGUAAGCGAUGGUAAAGCUGGAUGUGAAAUUAGUGUCUCACUGGCAGUUUGUAUACUCGAUAAUUGCAAGAAAAUAUUCCCAAACAUGUUUCAUGAUUAGUAUUAUCAUGAAUAACGCCGACGAACCUUCACAACAUAAUAAACGUUAAAAACCUAAUAUAUCUACACCAAAUAUCAUAUAAUAAAUGAAUGUGCCUGUCUAAA